CUGCCCAUCGCCAUCAAGCCCCCCACUCCAUUGCUAUCUUCCUGCAUCCCACUACUGAUCCAUUACGAAUCCAUCUCCAAAUCUUCAAACAAUGUCUGCUGCGAUGAUCCUCCGACGCAGUUCCACUCUGAGCCGUCCGCUCCUCCUCCGCCCCGCCUAUUCGGCCCGGGUCUGCUACUACCACCCGCCCGAAGUACACAGCAACAAGGGCGAGGAGUUCUUUAUCACAGCCUCCUUCCCCGACGACUUCGAGGCCCCCAGUCUUGUCCAAAAACGUGACGAGCAGGGGCAGAGUCUAGGCCGCUGGGAUGAGCUUCAUGCGACGUCCAGUGAGGUCUCGGUCAAAGCCGACCGGGGCGACAUCAACAUCCAACAGCAACAGCAACAGCAGCGAAGGAAUCGGGAUCUGGAUAGGAACCUCCAGGAAGCAGAGGAGCCGAAACUUGAUGAAAUGUGAUUGAUGCGUUUGAUCAUGUCAUGACAAUGGUACGAUUGCAUGCGCUGUCUUGAGGUAAGGUGACACAGAUUGCACGCUGGUGUAUAGUAAGUUUGGUGAGUUCUUUGUUCUUGUUUCAUGAUUAUAUCUAUGGCUGGUCCAGAUUGUCUAUUGUACCCUAUCCAGCUGUAUAUCUACUAUGAACUGAAUCGAUGGAUCAUAUCCUCAUAAGCGUC